AUGAUCUUCUGCCACGGGCUACUGGGAUUCGACGAACUUUCCUUGCCCCUCCCUGCAUCGCUCGGUGCGAUUUCCCUGCCCCCGAUUUACCACUGGCGGGGCAUUACCGACGUCCUAUGCACGAACGGCGUCGAGGUGUACGUCAUGCGCGUGCCUGCUACCUCUGGGAUCCCCCAGCGGGCCGAAGUACUGAGGGAGAAGAUCACCCAGAAAUGUAAAGGAAAGAGAGUGCAUUUGGUUGGACACUCGAUGGGUGGGCUGGACUGUAGGUACCUGGCGAGCAAGCUCCAAUGCGAGUUUGAGGUGCUCAGUGUUACCACUAUCUCUACCCCACAUCGCGGAUCCUCCUUCGCCGACUACUUCGUCCACGAGCUCAUUGGCGCCGAUCGUCUCCCGACCAUCAUCUCCCUCCUGUCCCUCCUCCUCCCUUACAGCGACGGCGACGGCACCGCCUUUUCCCAACUCACAACCACCCACAUGGCAGCCUUCAACUGUCUAGUGCCGGACAAGCCUGGUGUGCAGUAUUUCAGCUGGGGAGCGACGUAUGAGCCUGGCUUGGUGGAUAGCUUCAGGUGGCCGUGGGCGGUUGUCAUGAGCAAGGAGGGGGAGAAUGAUGGACUUGUUAGUGUGGAGAGCGCAAAGUGGGGAGAGUAUGAGGGGACAGUGAGGAACGUGAAUCACCUAGACCUUAUUGGAUGGGUGAACCCGGCGCGAUACCGCUGGGCCGAAUUCACAGGGAACAAGAUCGAGUACCGGCCUGCCACGUUCUACUUGGGAGUGGCUAGUAGGCUUGCCGAGAUGGAACAAGAGAUGGAGCGACGCGAGCAAGAGGAUGGAGGGGUUGACUGA